UUAUUUUCUAUUUCUGUAACUAAUUAAAUCUGUUUCACUCCACACCUAAAUUUUCGACGGUCGCCUUGACUUUGUUUCAACGGCCCCAACAAUUCCAUUGCCACUGAAACAAAUGGAAGGCUUUGCAUCAACAACAAACAUUCAUUGGUUUCUAAUUACCUAUAUUUUAUUUUUUUUUUUUUUCUCCCUUUUACAUAUUUUACAUUAAAAAUUAGGACAGGUUCAAAUAUCUCUCACUCCUGUUUUCUGAUCAUUCAUUGCAAUAAAUUAAAAAAAAAAUCAAGAAAAAAUAAUAAAAAAAAAGGUUGAAGAGAGUUUCGUCGAGUCGUUUUUCGUACAUUGCAUGGAUAAACAUUAGGUCCAUGAGAUGAAACUGAGUCUCCUUGCAAAAGGAUUUGGUUUCGCUCAUGGUUCUUCAUUCUUCAACUUAACAGAAAAAUCCAUGCAUGUUCUUUGAAUUACCUUAUAAAAAAUAACAACCAAUUUAUUAUCUAUACAUAUAUAUACACAUAUACACGAGAUUCGCGUAUAUGUCUACUAAGAUGAAAGGCCUUAUCAAGGGAUUCAGAUACAUUUCCCAGAUAUUCGAGGAAGAAAAAGAAGAUGAUAUGCAGAUUGGCUUCCCCACAGAUGUAAAGCAUGUGGCUCAUAUAGGAUGGGAUGGACCCUCGUCAACGGUUCAGCACGAAGCCCCAAGUUGGAUGAAAGAAUUCAAAUCCCCAUCUGCAUGCCAAUCAGCACCCUUGAGUUCCCCUACAGACAACAGGGGAGGAGACCCUGAAAUCAAAUGGGUUUCUGAAGAUUCAAGAAGAAGCAACAGGGUGACAGAUUCACCAGGAAGGGACUGCCCAGCAGAUUUGCCGAAAUCAUCUCGGCGCCACCACUCAUCGGACAGCAACCCGAACGACUCGCCUAGGAAGAAAGACUCGUCUACGAGAUCGAGGCAUUCUAGAAGGAACCACUCCAAGGACUCUGCCGAGGGCAGCGUAAAGUCCAACAGGCAGCAUCACAUGCAAGAAACGGGGGCCGAUUCCCCCUCCCGGGGCCUACCCCCAGACGCCGCCAAGAAAACACGCCGGAAGAAGUCCAAGGAAUCGGAAAACGGCGGCGGCGGCUCCUCCAGGUCAUCAACGAGAUCGAGACCCCCGUCCAAUAGCACCGAAAACGAUAACAACUGCGAUCCGUCGUCGUCGGCUGCAGCUCAAAUAACGGUCCCCGUUCAGAGUGCGAAUGACGUAGAUCCAAAGAAGAUCGAAUUCUGAAGACUUUUUUCGUCGGCAGCUCAAACAACUUCUCUUAUUCUUUAAUUUGCUUUCUUUUUGUUUUCUUUUUUCUUCUCAUCACCUGUGUUUUUUUGGCUUAGUUUAUUUUAGCCUUAGUGAUUGAUGAUGAACUAUAGUAUGGAAAAAAAAACAAGCAUGAAAUUGUGUGUGUAUCUUUUUUUUUUUUUUUAUUUAAUUUUUGGUGGGAAACUUCUGUUAGCAUUGGGAAUAUUAGCUUUUGUUUAGAUGUGUAUGUAUGUACUUUAGCAUCAUUCCUAAUGUCAUUGCCACCAUUUCUGGCUUUUUGUUUC